AUGUCUGCCUCCACACUCUCUGUACUUGUCUCCAUUGUUCUUCUCGUUACUGUAAUAAUCAAUACAGUAUCCUCCGCGCCGGUUCCUACUGAUAGGCAAAACAUGAACACAUUCCCCAAUCUCGACAACGAUCCUCGUGAUGUAUUCUUGCCGUUUCGAGAGGUUCCGGAACGUCUGAUCGAUCAAAAUGAUGCUCUUGACGACUCAUCCGACUUGGUAUCCGAAUCCGAUAUUUUUUACCAGUUCCAAAGAAGUGGAUUCCUAGCUGAAGUGGUUGAUGCCAGGAAGCGAGGAGGCUUCUAA